CCACGUUUAGAAAUUUCUACCUAUAUGCAGGAAAAUUUAAUCAACACCGAAAGGAGAGUUAAAAAGUUGAUAUGCUUCCGAUGGAAUGCAUAGAGACAUAGUAGCUUGUCAAUCUAUACAUAGAUAUGAAAUUGGGUAAAAUACUAUUGAAUUUUCUGAGUAUAUUAGCCAUUGCAUUGGCUCACGGAGAUCAUGGAUCAGGAGCCCAAAUCAAACAGAAACCUGCGACAUUGAGUUGGCAAAAUUGGCAUAUGAUCGAAGAACAUGGUAUUGAAAGUUAUGACGCCGAUUUAUUCUUUAGAUUACAUGAUGUUUCGAAUCGUGGAUUCUGGUAUGAAGAGGAUAUUUUAAAUUUAUAUGGACUUUUAAGGACCAAUAUAGUAGGAGAUGGUUCGGGAAUGGGUAAACAUCAAGAUCAUGAUGAAGAGAUUAUUAAUGAAGAUGCCAAAACAUUUGUCAUCACUUCAAUUUUAAAUGCUAUAGAUAAAGAUCAUGAUGGGAAGAUUAGUUUAGCUGAGUGGAAACAAUUCACUAAUAAUGGAGGUGAAUUACCUGACUUUGGUUAUGGACAGGGCCAUCAUUUUGAUUUUGAAUUAGAAUAUGAACAACAUCAUUGGCAGAAAUAUCAUGCUAAAGACGAUCCAGAUGUCCUUAUCAAACAUAAAGAAGAUAUUGAACAUGAAUUAUUAUAUCAUGAACAUGAAAUAGAAGAAUCGCAUUAUAGUACAAGUGAAGAAUUGAGAAAGCUUACAUCUAAUUUCUUGUCCCAUGUUAAUCUUAUUAAUUUACUGGACAAAUAUAAAAGAUCCAAGUAGUACGUAAAAUCAAACUUUCUAUAAGUAGUCUAUGUAUAU